GGCGGGGCAGGGGCGGAGCCCCGGCGGGCGGAGGGCGACAAGCUCGCAUGGGGGAGUCCAUUCCGCUGGCCGCCCCGGUGCCGGUGGAGCAGGCGGUGCUGGAGACCUUCUUCUCGCACCUGGGCAUCUUCUCGUACGACAAGGCCAAGGACAAUGUGGAGAAGGAGCGGGAGGCCAACAAGAGCGCGGGGGGCAGCUGGCUGGCGCUGCUGGCCGCCCUGGCCCACCUGGCCGCUGCCGAGAAGGCCUAUCACAGCCUUACCUACCUGGGGCAGAAACUAGGUGGGCAGUCCUUUUUCAGCAGAAAGGAUUCCAUCCGGACCAUUUACACCUCUCUGCACAAUGAGCUGAAGAAGGUGGUAGUGACUGGCCGUGGUGCUGCAGCAGGUACCAUUCCUCACUUGGAAGAGCUCCUGUCUCAUUUGUCCGAGCAGCUCUGUUUCUUUGUUCAGGCUCGAGUGGAAAUUGCUGACUUCUAUGAGAAGAUGUACACCCUCAGCACUCAGAAGUUCAUAAACUCCGAAGAGCUAGUCAGUCUUUUGGAGUCCAUCCUAAAGAAAUACAGCUCCAGAUUUCACCACCCAAUUCUCAGCCCCUUAGAAAGUAGUUUCCAGCUGGAAGUCGAUGUCCUGGCCCAUCUCUUAAAGUCCCAGGCUCAGAUCUCUGAGUGGAAGUUCCUCCCAUCCCUGGUCAACUUACACAGUGCCCACACCAAGCUGCAGACAUGGGGUCAGAUCUUUGAAAAGCAGCGAGAGACUAAGAAGCAUCUGUUCGGAGGGCAGUCUCAGAAGGCCGUUCAGCCCCCGCACCUCUUCCUUUGGCUGAUGAAGCUCAAGAACAUGCUCCUUGCCAAGUUUAGCUUUUAUUUUCAUGAAGCUCUGAGCCGCCAAACGACAGCUUCAGAAAUGAAGGCGCUGACCGCGAAAGCCAAUCCUGACCUCUUUGGGAAGAUCUCCAGCUUCAUUAGGAAGUACGAUGCUGCCAACGUGUCUUUAAUCUUUGACAACAGAGGGUCUGAGAGCUUCCAGGGGCAUGGUUACCACCACCCUCAUUCCUACCGAGAGGCCCCAAAGGGAGUGGAUCAGUACCCAGCGGUGGUGUCCCUGCCCAGUGACAGGCCUGUCAUGCACUGGCCCAACGUCAUCAUGAUCAUGACUGAUCGGACCUCUGACCUGAACACCUUGGAGAAAAUUGUCCACUUCUACGAUGACAAAGUCCAGAGCACCUACUUCCUGACCCGCCCAGAGCCUCACUUUACCGUUGUUGUCAUUUUUGAGUCUAAGAAAUCAGAGAAAGAUUCCCAUUUCCUCUCCUUUCUCAAUGAACUCUCCCAUGCUCUUAAAAACCCCAAAGUAUUUGCAAGCCUGAAACCUGGAUCCAAAGGGUAGUAGGCUUUUUGGAGUGACAGUUUCUCAAGGCUGGCUAACAAGACUACUGUAAUUUUUGGUGAUUCAGGUCACAUCCAUUCGUAAUUCUUUAAAAGCUAAAUUAAAGAAAAAUUGUCAUGACGUGUAUUGCACAUUUCAUAUGUAAUUAUGGCCAUUUAAGUUAUCCAAAGAUGACCAUAGUAAGUGAUCAUGGGUGUUGCGUGUCUCUGUUGGACAGAGUGAUCUCGGUAUUUUCCCCACAUUUUCCUGAGUUUUGUGUGAUUUGAGUAUUUAUUGGUCCUUUGUGGGGUAGGAGGUGGUAAAAGGGGCAGGGGUGUGUGUGUGUGUGUGUGUGUGUGUGUGUGUGUGUGUGUGUGUGUGUGUGUGUGUGUGUGUGUGAUAUUCCUGCUAGCUGCUGUAUCUUCUAGUCCUUGGAUACUGGUGCAAUAUUUUGUUUUUUUUUCCUGUUGAAUGGAAAAAGUAAUUAGGAUGGAGAAAAUUAAAUGGCAUUUAUAGAAUUCACUACUGUAUGAUUUCUGUCAAGAAAUCUUCAAUCUGCAAAAGGGUUGUGUUUGCGAUUCUAAGUUACUAAAUGAUCUCUUAUAAUGCCCAAAUGAUGCGCACAGUACUCUAGUUUUUAAAGAAAAUUAUUUAAAUAAGUUUUAUCUUGGUAAUUUUUUGUUUUUGCAUCCCAGUCAUUUUUGCAUACCAGAGAGAUUCCCACUUCAGAGAGGGAUGCCCUCUCACACUUCUGAAAUUGAAUAAUCCCCUGUAACAACAAUAAAAACCUGGUUAAAAAUAACCAAUACAGUGGCUGUUUAUGACUAUAUUUUUAGAACAUUUUGCCCUCACAGUCCUCCACCUGUCUGCAAAGAAGGGAAAGGCAUGUGUAUUUUUUUCUUUUCACCUCUCUGGUUUAAUAAAAAGACACAUCUAGCUGUGAAUCCCAUAGAAGGGAAGGUCUCUCCAUUCAAAAACACCUAAAAGAAUACCUUCCUUUUCAGAGACUGUAUCUUUUCUCCAUAAUCUGAAUGCUUUCCUCUAGCCUUUAGCUUUCUCAGUAUUUUGGGGUGGUGGGCUAGUGGGACAUGCAUGUAAGCACCAAUGCAAAUUUCUCAAUUUGCAUUAAAAUUGGGAUAGUCUAGGUCGGGGUAAGGAACCUGUGGCCUCAAGGCCACAUGUGGUCCUCUGUUCUGUGAAGUUUGGAUUCAGUCAAAGAACCUCACUUAAGGACCUAGAGGGCUGCGUGUAUCCUCGAGGCUGAAGUUUGCCCACCCCUGGUCUAGGCACUGAACCUUGGAUUUCUUUGGUAUAGACAACUCCAGGUUAAGGAAACUAUUUCUGCUAGUGAAGGUAGGUACUUUCCCUGCAAUUUAUAGUCUCCAGAGAUUUGCUAGCCUAAGUGCCUAGUCACACGGUCAGAUGGGUGUAGAUGACAGAUCCAUUAUUUAGGAGCUCCCCAUUCUUUAGCUCACAGCCUUUUUAUUUCUCACUUUUUUUUUUGCUGAGAUCUUCAUUUUAAAAAAUCACUUCCCAGUUAUUUUUAGGAAUAAACAGCAUCUAGCUUUGGUUCCUUGACUUUAUUUGAAAAGCUCGGUGACCUACUUUUCAAAUGGCCAGAAGGAAGGUGGGACUGACUACCUUGUACUUGUAAAACUCAGUUGUGUAUUCCCAGGACCCCUUCCUGCUUGGACAAGCAGCAAAAUACGUAAGCACAGCGAACUAAGACUAUCUUUGCCUUUCUGCCACUAAUUCAUAUUUAGACCCAGUUGUACAUCUUAACAUGUGCUUGACUUCAGCAGGUGUCCAUGAGGACUGGAUGGAUCAGGGGAGGCUUAAUGGGGUAUGGAGUCCUUUACAGCAGGCUUAUUGAUCCAGAAUACAAAUAAGCCCUAAUGGGUAAUCGAGCCAUUAGCAUCUGACGGCUGCUUCAUAGUCUGUGUGAGAUGUAAUGGUCUGGUUGAUUCAGUCUCUCCCGAUUGUUCAGAGGCAGGCCUCACACGGGGCCACCCGGCAAGAAGCUAAGUAUUGGAACUGGGUUGAAGAGUAAAAUGUACCUUUGUAGAGAAUGGAGCCCUGGUGGGUUGGUGUUCAGACACAGGAAAGGUUGACUACCUCAGACUUAGAGAAUUGGAAGGAAGCUUCCAGUGGUCUGUUUUCCAGGGCCAGCUGGUGCUUUAAACAAAAAAAGUGACAUAAUUUACAAAAAUUGAAUUCAACAAAUACCUACUAUAUGCAGGACUCUGCCAGGCACUUAGAAGUUAAUUUAUUUGGUGGGUUUCCAUGGGAUUUGGAGCAGGAAGCCUCCCUGUUGCUCCCAGAAUCAAAUGCAGACUUGUCUGUUUGGCAUUUAAAACCCUUUACAACCUGGCUUCCACCUAUCUUUGAUUGCAUGUGACUCUCCUUGCCCUCUAGGAUCCAGCCAAGCUCACCUUGCUGUUCUUCGCCCAUGACAUUCCAUCUUCUGUCUGCCUUUGCUCAGCCUCUCGCACAUCUCCUACCUGGGAUGCAUGCCUCACUUCCACCCCUUUCCUUCAAGACUCGGCUCAAACCCCUCCUCCGACAUAAAGCCAUUCAUCACCCCAACAACUGCUAAUGCUUCCCUACCACUCCCCCAAUUUACUUUGUGCAUAUUUUGUAUAUUUAUGUGUACAUGUUGUUUUCCAUCGAAGAAUGUAAGCUUCUUGAGGGGCAGGGACUGUUUCAUUUUUGUCUCUGUAUCUCCAGCACCUGGCACAGUGCUUGGCAAUCAGUAGGUGUUUAAUAAAUGCUUGUUUAUUG